GGCUUCGUUUCUUUUCCAAGGAAGCAUGCGAUUAAUGCUGUUCGCGGCGAGUUUUUUCUUGGCCAUUCAGCGAUUGACUGCGGAAGAAUGGAUCGACGUGAAGACUCCUGUUCAUAAAAUGGGCCCGAGAGGGUCUUAUUUCGGAUUUUCACUGGCUCAGCACGUUUACCACGAAGGAAGUAAACGGCCUGCUGUUGUGCUCGUCGGCGCUCCGAUCGCCGAGGAUGAGAAGCAACGGCUGUAUGUGUGUCCGGCGAAUACGAGGGAUGCCAACGACUGCUUCUCAAUCUUGGACGCAUCAGGAGGAGGAGGGGGGUUUGGUGGAUCCGGGGGAAGUUCAAGCGGAGGCUUCGGUGGGUCCGGUGGGAGUUCGAGCAGCAACGGGGCCCAACAGGCUGGAGGAGCGGGUCCUCAUGACGGCGGGUCGUUCUUUGGCGAUGAUGAUGCGCCGGCCAUCGUCAGGGAUCCGGGUCUCAGCGACUGGAUGGGAGUUACCGUCGAAAGCGGAGGCCUGGACUCUCCGGUUUUAGCAUGUGCACACAGAAGCUUACUGGCUGAUGGGAAACACGCAUUUGGAAGUUGCCAAGUCUUUUCUGCCGACUUGCUGACCAUGACCAAGAAGGACUUGGAAAGUUGCAGCGGUUUAUCUCAGACCUCGAAAUUGACUGAUGGCUUCGACCUGUGCCAAUCCGGAAUCAGCGCUCAUGUAACGACGGACAAGGACGCGUUUAUCGGGGCGCCGGGUUCGAUUGCGUGGAGAGGAUCGGUUUCCAGCUCGAACCUCACUUCGGCCUUCCCCAGCGGCCAUUUGCUGAACCGAACUGCCAUCACCAGUUCCAUUUCCUCCUACAGUUAUUUCGGCUAUUCAGUGACUUCGGGAACCUUCGUCGUCCGAGGCGACCCGAGGCGGGCUUACUUCGCGGUUGGUGCUCCCAGAGGGUCGGAGGGCAGAGGAGAAGUGAGACUCGUUCGGAAAACCAGCCGAGAGCCCUGGAUGGACAUCUUGACGGGCACGAACUUGACCGGGGAGCACAUCGCGUCCUACUUUGGGAGCAGUGUGGCUGCUGCUGAUGUCAAUGGCGACGGACUGGACGACUUGAUCGUCGGAUCGCCGUAUUUCCACGACCACGAUUACAAGAGGGGUGGCGCAGUGUACGUGUACUUGAACACGAACGCCUCGAGACCGGAGCAGGCGUUCAUCGAUUCCCCAACCUACAAAAGAUCCCUCUAUGGAUCGUCGAAAAGCAAAUUCGGGUUCGCCGUGGAAUCCAUCGGAGACCUGAAUCAUGACGGUGCUGACGACAUCCUCGUUGGUGCACCUGGGGCACAGGGUGGGAAGGUAUACCUUUUUUUCGGGAAACCGGGGGCGACAUCUGCGCAUGACAUUUUCCCGACGAGAACUGGUGACCAGAUUAUCAGCGCCAAAACGCUCAACUCGAGCUUCGGCGGGACGACUGAUGCUGAUAAUCAUCACGAUAAGAAGCAUUUGUUGCACCUGGGGACUUCGAUAUCAGCAGGCAUGGACUUGAACGCCGACGGUUCUCCGGACGUGGCUGUGGCAAGCUACACGACUGACAGCAUCCUCAUCCUCGCAGCCCAUCCCAUUUUGACAGUUGUUCUGCACCAAGAGAUUCCUGACGACUUGCUGAACCCGGAGAGGGCUAAAUAUCACUUGGAAGUUGGACUGGCGCUUGAAACGUGUGGUGUUUGCCGAGACGCAGGAAUCCCAGAAAGUCUUGACGAUUUCUCUACGGAAAAGGCAAUCAGCAGAGCCCGUUUGUUUGCCGGAAUUGGAUAUUAUUUGGCAGAUCACACUUAUCCCCUGAGCUCCGACGAACCCCUCAUCCUGCGAGCGAGGUUGCAGAGAGAACAGGACCCGGCGUACCAGGCGAAAUUCAGGCUGCAGUCCGCGUCUCGAAUCAGGCUGAUCGAAGCCAUGCAAGUCAUCGGGCCUCAUUCGGACGACGUCGGCGGAAGCAACUCCACUGACACCAGGAAACUCAAGUGCGCAUCCCGCUCGAGUCGAUUGGACAUCCUCUGCGAAUUGGAGCCUGUGAUGAGGCAGCAGACGACAGAGAUUGAGAUUCGGCUCAGUGUGGAUUUGCCAGCCACUUCCCAGCACUUGCUCAAUUUCAAGGGCACGUUUUCUGCGAGCACUGCGUCGACGGAUGCUGUUGCUGAAGUCAAGAACAUCCGCGCCAUGUUCAAAUCCGACGUGGUCAUGGAAAGUUCCAGCGACCCGAGUACAGUCAAGCUGUCGGCAUUCCCAGCUGUGAGGGGUGAUGGACAGUACCAGUACUUUGACGAGGCUGGCCUCUCUGUCACACACAGUUAUUUAUUCUCCAACGAAGGCCCGUCCAGGAUACCGUUGGCCAAGGUCAAGUUUGAAUGGCCCGACGCGGAAGAAAUGGGCGAUGACAAGAAAGACUGGAUCUUGUAUUUGAAAUCCGAACCCCGACUCACGACUAAAACAGCACGCAGCCAAUUAUUAAAUGCUGAACUCAAAGAUGCGAGAAAAAUAAUGAGCAUCGAUCAGUUUUCUGUUGGCUUAUAUUGCGCUAAUUUAUUGAUGACGAUGCACAAAAAGAUUUGCAGAGGGCCGGAUGAGAAUGGGGCCACUUCUUACAGCUGCUACUUCUGCGACCUGGUCGACUGGCCCGUCCACUUGGCCGUUUCUUUCGAGCUGGACUUCCUCCUGUGGAGCGAGUCCGUCAAGCCACGGGUCCUUUCGGGAGACGGCACCAAGUGGGCCUCGGAUGCUCUGGUGGAAUGGCCAGUCACGGCAUUCAGCAGCAAACGUGUCCUCAAGAAACAGGCUGUAACUGGGAUCACUGCCGACCAAGCGCGUGAGACGGAGAAGGUCUUUCCUCUCAAGUGGAUCAUCGGUGGCUCCAUCGUCGGCGGACUCGUCUUGCUCGCAGGCAUCAUUCUCUGCCUCCGGUGUUGCGGGUUCUUCGACAACAAGACGAUGAGGCGAGCACCGAGAAUAAAUCCUGGGCCUGGCGGUGAUGGUGCUCUCCGUUCAGAUGAAACGGACCUCGUCGCGGAAGAAGGCCAGCCUCUCUCACCAUCGGCGGCGGCGACAGAUUGAGAGACUAGUUACGAUAUUACAGACGGAGCGUAAUGGAAACACGUACAGCACUCAUCAUCAUCGUGUGCGUGCUCUUUUGUAUGCUGUACUGUACAGCUCUCAAUUAUUCAGAUGUGUCGCGAUCAUAUAAUACGUGUACGUGCAACGCAGAACUAUACAUACUGUAGAUAGGUACAUGAUGAUGCAUCACUCGCAGUACUGUACUGUACACCUUGACGUACUGUAUAUAAUGAGUGUGUAUGAAGGCAGCAUCAUUAUGCAGCUAUAUUUGCACAAGUACUGUACUGCGUAUAAUUUGUGCCUUUAUUAUGGGAUGUUCCUAUAGCUGAUUGUUGGAGCGCAGUGGCAAAGUCUUUCCAAAAUGACGGCAGUCGGUGUCAGAGAGCGAUUGAUGCACCAAGCGCGGCGCUUGUACUCGUGCAAGGGAACGACAUCUUCUUUCUGCGAACAAUAGGAAUCGAGAGUUGCACAUAACUAGCUGUCGUAAUCUUUGCAGGCGAUAAAUCGUAGUGAUGAUGACGAUAUAUUCACGUUCGUCGUCAUGGGAUGACGAACGUAAACAUAUGCAUUCAAGUAUAGGAAGUUUCCAACUUUUUUUUUUGUACUCCUUCGUCCUUUCUUUGGCCAUAUAUCUCGAUGUGGACUUUUGUAAAUUAUGUGAUAUUAUUCGUCACAGACUUUUUUAAAUUCACUUGCUGGAUUUAAGGUGUAUUGACCCUUUAUGAAAUAAUUGUUCGUGUGCGUGUGAAUGAAUUUGACAUGCGCGGUGUGUCAUCUGGCAAAUUGUAUUUGUGUUUUUCAACUGUCGAAUCUGUCUUAUAUACAGUAUGUGGAUGAAUGAAUUUAUACGAAGGCAUAUAUGAACUUUUAAAGUUGCACAUGUCCGAAAUAUGAGCUGAAUUAUUAUUAUAUACAGUAUACUAUUAUUUUUG